AUGCACAGUAGCACAGACGAGUCGGUUCAGGUAUUGCAGCGGGAGCCGCGGGUGCUACUUUCCUUACUGCAAAGCUUCCCCUAUCCUGAGGAGAUCCUCCAAGCUAUCGACGACCAGUUUUUGAGAGCUGGACAGCCGCCUGGAGACGUAGCUGUGUCCAAGCACGCUUGA